ACUUACACCCGAACCACGAACACUAACAUGUUUUAAACUUAAAACCGCCAUUAAACUUUUACUCAAAGUGUCUUCACAUAACUCUCAGCGUUUCCAAAAGCGAGGACAAGAUGAAAACUGACCGGGAAGCGGGAGACAUGAGAGGAGUGACCGUCAACAACUAUGCUGAAGAGGCUCCUUCCUCGGGCAUGGCCAAUAAUGGAUACUUCUAUCAGGAGAUGGAGCAGAGGGAGCGAGACGAUCAGGAGGACGGGAGCGAGGACCGGGACGAAGGUCAGGACUCUCCUAUCCCAUCAGGAGAUGACAUUCAUCUCUACGGUAACCAGACACACCAAGGAGGGACAGAUUCUGAUGUCCACGGCUAUGUCUUGCUCAAUACAUCACGAAGAUAUGUAAAGCUAAUGAACUUUGAGGAGGAAGUGAGGGCCCACAGAGAUCUGGAUGGCUUUCUGGAGAGGGCGAGUAUUCUGCUGCAUGAGGAUGAGGCGUCGCUGGACGACGUGCUUAAAACAAUGCUCCGCCACAUCUCGCAGGAUUCACACACGGCCGAACCCGGGUGCAACUUCGAGGAGAUCAUGAGCUCACUGUUCACUGAUGCCGGCUCACAGGAGGUCAACGUGCACUUGCUGUCAGAAACGCUGCAGUGUGUGACAGCUACGGCCACCGGCAUCCAAUACCAGCAGUCCUGGCUCUGCAUCCUCUGCAAUGUGAAGAACCUGCAGAGGCGGCAUGUGUGUAUCUCUCGGCUGGACCGGCCUCAGAACUGGGGAGAGAACUGUGCUGAAGUUCGAUAUGUCAUUCUUGUACUUGCACCUCUUAAAAUGAAAAGCACUAAGACGGCGAUGGAGUUGGGCCGAACGUUCGCCAGCAUGUUUUCAGACAUCUCCUUCAGACAGAAGCUGCUAGAAAGUAAAACUCAGGAGGAGUUUAAGGAGGCGCUGGUGAUACAGAGAUACCACCUGACCGCCGCCAAGCGCAAAACCACCACCGUGGAGGAGGAGGAGACUGACCCACACAGCCACAAACCGCUCAAGUGUAGAGAUUUUUUCAGAGUGGGCAGAGGCAUCUAUGAGGAUCUUUGUCGUCGCCUGCCUUUCUAUACAUCAGACUUUACUGAUGGUAUUGUGGGCAACAAUAAAGCACUAGUGAAGUACAUGACGACGUCUAUUUUUCUCUACAUUGCUGUUCUACUUCCUGCCAUUGCAUUCGGUUCACUCAAUGAUGAGAGUACAGGAGGAGAAAUAGAUGUUCAGAAGACAAUUAUUGGCCAGAGUAUAGGUGGAAUCAUCUAUUCUCUAUGUGCUGGUUCCCCUUUGGUGAUUCCCUUAACUACUGCACCCAUUGCCAUCUUCAUCAGUGUAAUCAGAGGCAUCUGUGAUGAUUACAAGCUGGACUUUGCAGCAUUUUAUGCUUGCAUUGGACUGUGGAGCAGCUUAUUCCUCAUCAUUGGAGGUGUCUUCAAUCUUAGUCUACUUGUGAAGCUCUUUAAAAGGUCAAUAGAGGAGGUGAUAGCUCUGUUUAUUUCAAUUGCUUUUGUAGCAGAUGCUCUUAAAGGCACGGUCAAGAUCUUCGAUAAGUACUACCACCCUCCAACACUAGCCAAUGGCAGCGUGGAGGAGUUGAAUAGAAUAAGUGCAGGGUUGUCUGUAGGAGAGAUAAACCUGACGGCUGCAGGAUUAGUUUCACUCCCAGAAUCCUUUAUUCUGUGCACACGGGCCCGACCUCUGCUCUGCCUGCUACUCAUGCUGGGCACCUUGUGGGUCGGGUACACACUCUACCAGUUUAAAAGAAGUCCCUUUUUACAUGCAAAAAUAAGGGAAAUUUUGUCCGACUGUGCUCUGCCCAUCUCUGUGCUUAUGUUCUCCUACAUGGGCGCCUACGUCUUCAGCGACAUUGGCUUGCCUGUGUUCGAUUACCAUGAGGGUCCGGUGUUCCGAGUGGCACCGUUACAAAAACUAUCAGGAUCCAGUGUGCUGUGUGCAAUGGGCCUUGGCUUCCUCCUUGCCCUCCUCAUCUUUAUCGACCAGAACAUCGUAGUCUCACUCACCAAUGCCCCGGAGAACAGGUUACUAAAGGGCACAGCGUAUCACUGGGAUCUCACACUGUCUGGCCUGAUUAAUAUUUUGAUGUCAGUGCUGGGUUUGCCGUGGAUGCAUGCCGCUUUCCCUCACUCCACCCUACACGUGCGGCAGUUGGCCAUUGUGGAGGAGCGGGUAGAGGGAGGACACCUCUAUGAGACUAUAGUGAGUGUGAAGGAGACACGGGUGACAUCGCUGGUGGCUAAUAUCCUUAUCGGCGUGAGUGUGUUCUUGCUACCAGUCCCACUGCAGUGGAUUCCUAAACCUGUCCUUUAUGGCCUUUUCCUCUACAUUGCCCUCACGUCCAUCGACGGCAACCAGAUGUGUGACCGCAUGGCACUGCUACUCAAGGAACAGACCUCCUACCCUCCCACUCACUACAUCCGAAAGGUGCCACAGAGAAAAAUACAUUACUUCACUUUUCUUCAGAUGGUGCAGCUGCUGUUCAUCUGUGCAUUUGGGAUGUACCCUCUCCCGUACAUAAAAAUGAUCUUCCCUCUGUUAAUGUUUAUCCUCAUACCAAUCAGGAAUUGUCUGCUGCCGAGGAUCAUUGAUGCCAAAUACCUGGACAUCAUGGACGCACAGCACAUGUAAACCCCCACACACCUCCAGAAUAGACUUUGGGAUUUGUAUUUUUGAAAUGCAAAACUCUAGGAGGUAAAAAAAAGACUGAUUCUAGUGUUGAACAGCUAGCACUCUGGUGAAGCACUGUAAAAGAGAGAGAGAGAGAGAAUAUGAAGAUGAAAGAGAUUAUAUUUCUGUUUGACAGUUUGAUAUUUGAUCUUGGUUAGUCACUGCUUUCCUUAUAAUUUCCCCAUGCUCUCAUUGAUUAAUUCUUAUUUAGCUCUGCAUCAUUAUGUGGACCAGUAGCUUGAAAUCAUUCAACACGGGCAUCCUCACACUCAGUGGCACCUUGGCUUUGACUGACAGUAUUACACUGUGUUGACUAAACAGUUCGGCUCACAGUGUUGCUGAGACUGCAAGGUCACUGAAGAAAAGCGGGAAAUGAAGUGGAUCUGUCUGUAGCAAUACCUCUUUGAUGUUGACCACGCACACAUAGAAAACAACAGGACUGAUCCUUCAUAAUUACACUUUUUAUCAAGUCAAACAUGAAGCUCUGUGGUAAAUACAUUUAUAACAAGUACUGAUAAGGUCAGAACAGACCAAAACAAUAGCUGCACCCACCCUGCUUGAUACUGUGUGUCCUAGCAAUAGAGUGUUACAGAGUAUGAUUAUUUUAGAUAUUUCUAUGUCAGAGAUUAUUAUAGAAGUUACUAUAUUUCCAGGAUACAUGGUGACAUGUGUUCAGAAUGUAUUGUUAGCGCUGAUGCUUCAGGGAUAGAAUUGCGGGUCUGAAAUAAAGAAAACGAAAGCUAUUUACACACUCAUUGCCGAAUCAUCUCCUCCCAUUAAAGCUUUGCACAUUAAAAAACAUUAAAAGUGGCUGUCCAAACACAGUUCGACAAACGCAUA